GAACAUCACAACCAUUAUAUGAGAAAUUACAUCAAUGGAUAUGAAUACUCUUAACGUAUCAGCAACGGUGAAUAUAUUUCGUCUUCUUGCAAGACCGUCAUUGAUUUUACCUCAAGCAACAGUUUCCACAUUCAACCACCUGCCGAUACCUCUCAACUCGGCUUUUGAUAAAUACAAAAACGCUGAUAUUAGAGCAGUAGUGUUGGACAAGGAUAAUUGCUUCGCAUAUCCUAAAUCCAAUGACAUAUACGAGUCUUACAAUGAAAACUUCAAAAAACUUCGGGAAGCUUACCCAGGUCGGCGACUUCUGAUUGUUUCUAAUACAGCAGGUGCUGAAUCUUUAGAUCGUUCUGGCAAGCUUGCGGUUGAAGUUGAGAAGUCUACAGGUGUUACAGUGUUAUCUCACGCUUCUAAGAAGCCUGGAUGUGGUCCUGAUAUUAUGGAAUACUUUUCGAAGUAUCCCGAGACCGGAGUCACCAGGCCAGAUCAGAUAGCAGUUGUCGGGGAUAGACUUACCACUGAUGUUAUGAUGGCAAACCUCAUGGGAAGUUAUUCCGUAUGGAUCAAAGAUGGAGUUGUACCAGUGGAGGAAACGAGUGUGUUUGCAAGGUUAGAGCAGAAAUUCGCUGGAUUUUUGAUUCGACGUGGUUACGAGGCGCCAGAACCAGCAAGUCCAUUCGAGAAGUAGACUUGCAUCAUUCAUUGCUCGUCUGCAACGAUGCGAUGCUUUCUAAUCAAAAUAAAUCUUUACCUUACUCUCCCUUGACCUCCUCCUUCUCGCAAGUAAAUGUGCAGAGGCUAUCAUUAUAGUACACUAGUUGUGUUGAUGGUACUCACACAUGGGAAUUGAUGAGAAACAGUCAAGAGAGCAGAUGGCGAUCCAAGUUCAUUAAGCAGAAGCGAAAAAAGGAGUAGUGAUGCUCCUUUGACUAGACUUGCUAGUGGGAACCGGAUUCCUCCACAUCUUCAAUAGGCUUAUUUUAUUGAAUAUAUUGAACCAAUUUGAUUGAGACAAUAUCAGAUGAGAAUGAUAAAUCCAGCCUGAGCAUGCGGAGACUUGUCAAGGCUGCCCAAAUAAUUUUCUUUCUGGUAACGUGAAGAGAAAGGAGCCCGAUCGGUAGGAAGUGAUGGAGAAGUCACUUGUCAUCGUCACAAUCGGCGAGACAGACACACAAGGAAUUGUCAGUUAUGGGUAACUCGAAUGUGGUAUAUGUAGAUGGAUGAUACAAUUUUCGCGUGAUCAGCUUUAGCCACGGAGUACAAUACGAGCCCAACAUAUUUGUCUUCUUUCA